AUGGCUUUCUUAUUGAUUGGCCUUGUGUUACUGUCAGAUCUGGCCCUUGGAAAGAUCGACAGGCAGAGUAUCGUUUCCAAGUACAAUGUCAAGAGGGAAAGGUUAAUUGACAACGAAACCACCCCCUUGCAAGUCGGCAAUGGUAACUUCGCCUUCAAUGUCGACAAUACGGGGAUGCAGACUUUCCUACCAUUCAAUACACUGUCGAGUUGGGCCUGGCAUAAUGAUACUUUACCUGUCAAUGGUGAAAGCCUCAGCGAUUAUCAUGGGGUAGCUAUGAUAACUCACGGCAGAAAUGUCUCAUAUGAUAUUCCCGACCCGGAGCUCCCGGAAAUCUCACAAUGGCUCAUAUCGAAUCCCAAUCGUAUCAACUUGGGUCGCAUCGGCCUAAGAUACCAAGGUGCCACUUUGUCGGCUUUCCAAAUUACCAACGAGGUCCAGGAGCUCGAUCUAUGGAAUGGAGUCAUAACAUCGACUUUUGAAAUCGCCGGAGAGAGUGUUACCGUCGUGACUCAAAGCGAUUUUGAAUCGGAUGCCGUAGCGUUCCGUGUUGAAUCCGAGCUACUAGCUUCAGGUGAUCUAGAGGUUGAGUUGGACUUCCCUUACCCGCCAAUCCAUACUACGAAGUACAAGUAUGAAGUAUUCGCAGGAGUCUAUGACUUCCCGCUCAAUCACACCACUUCGAUUGUCAAGAAUUGCCGAGUGGACGAGGCGCAUAUCUACCAUGAACUGCAAGAGACGAAAUAUUUCGUGAAUCUGAGGUGGCCCGUUGAUAACGUCCUUGGUCUGUCCAGAGUCGAGCCGGCAAAUUCAACUGCCAUAACAGCCCACCGAUAUACCCUGUCGGCUGCAUCCAAGUCGCGUCACAGACCUAAUACCAUAGACUUCACGGCACAUUUCUCCCCUGAUAAACGAACGGCGGAAUUCCCUUCGUCUAUCCGACAGCGCAACUCCAAGGGAUGGAACCAAUACUGGAAUGAGGGUGGUUUCGUCGACCUCACAUCUUCGUCAAACUCGAAAGCCGAUGAGUUGCAGCGUCGUAUCAUUUUGUCGAUGUACCACGUCCGAGUCAAUAGCGCGGCUAAGGGACAAUCGCCCCAAGAAAGUGGACUCAUGAAUAAUGGGUGGUAUGGUAAAUUCCAUAUGGAAAUGGUUGUUUGGCAUAAUGCCCAUUGGAGUACUUGGGGUCGACAGAAGUACUUCGACAAUAUCUUCCCCGAGCUUUACGAGACCUUUCUACCCUCAUCCCUGGCAAGAGCAAAGUCAAUGGGAUGGGAAGGCGCAAGGUGGCCGAAGAUGACUGAGACUAUCACCGGAGUCAGCUCGCCAGGAGGCAUUAAUGGGCUUCUCUUAUGGCAACAGCCCCACCUGAUGUACUUGGCAGAGCUAGCAUAUCAAGCUUCGCCCACUCGAGGGACUCUGAAAAAAUGGGAUACGGUUCUGAGCGCGUCGGCGGAUUAUAUGGCAUCUUAUGCUUGGAAGAAUGAGAGUUCGGGCCAUUAUGAUCUCGGUCCGCCUAGCUACGGCGUGACAGAAAAUACGCCUCCAGCAGAAACGUUGAACUUGGCCUAUGAAAUCGCAUACUGGAGGUACGGCUUAGACGUUGCUCGGGAAUGGAAAAGACGAUUAGGCCAAUCCGUACCCGAAAAAUGGACAACCGUCGCUGAGAAUCUCGCCCCACCACCUCAAGUAGACGGGCUCUACACCGUUUACGAGGGGUUGAACAGCUCGUGGUGGGAAAACUCGAAGCUCAAUGGCGAUCCUCGUAGUCUUAUCAUGCUGCAAGGAAUUCUCCCUGAUACACCUGCUGUCGAUCCCGAUGUCGCGCUCAAGACUGCGGAUAAGAUUUGGGAAGUCUGGACAGACGAUAAAAUCCGUGGUUGGGGAAGACCCGUGCUAGCUAUUAACUCCGCGAGGAUUGGAAACCCCGAGCGUGCUAUCUAUCAUUUGACGGCAUAUGACUAUUGGUCGUUUGAUGAUGCGGGUUUUGCUGUGCGAGGAGGUGAUGGAGAUACCCCGCCCCCUUUUAUACCGGGAAAUGCAGGUUUCCUCUACGCCGUUGCGUACAUGGUCGCUGGUUGGAAUGGAUCGAAAGUUGAUGCUCCUGGUUUCCCUAAAGACGGGACGUGGACUAUAAAGCAUGAAGGUUUAUUAAAGGCACUCUAA